AUGGCUAUUGUGCAAUACAUUCUGCUCAGAGGCGAUUUGAAUUUCUCGAGAGGCGCCCUAAUUGCUCAAGCCUGCCACUCGAGUGUUUAUUCCAUUGAAAGAUACAGAGAUCAUCCUGACACAGUAGAGUAUCUAAAGAGUGCAGGGCAUAUGACAAAGAUAAUCCUCAAGAUAAAAGAGGAGGAUGUAGAAGAGAUAGUAGGCCAUCUUGUUUCAAAAAAUAUCGACCAUACUGUUUGGGUUGAGGAACCGGAAAACAUAGCCACAUGCAUAUCUCUGAGGCCCUACAGAAAGAGCCAGGUAGCAGAUACCGCCGAGUACCUCAGAAGAUUCAAGCUAUUCUAG